CGCGUCAGUGUGUGUGAAGAUGGCCGAUUGAUUGUCACUCUCCCAUCGAUACGUGAAAAGUUUCAGUGCUUAAUCUCGUGGAAAUUCACGUGAAUCCCCUGCUCAAGCUGUGCUAGUGAACACAUUGGCGCCCCCACACCGCCUAGCGUGCCGAGAGCAGAGUGCCAGAGAAUCUCGUAAGCUUAAGAGAGUGAGAAAGAGAGGAAAAUCAGGAUUAUUUGCUGGAGAGACAGAAGAAAAUCGGAUAAGAAUCGUGCCAGAAAAGAAAUCAUGCGGAGUCUUCCGUGGAGGCGAUGCUCCUGGACGUGUGGCAAAGGCGCGCGACAGUGGCCAGGCGUGGUGUAAGGUUCAUCGUGGACGCGAUGACGCGCAAGAGGCGUCCGACGCGCGCCUCCAAGCCGCCCAAGGAGGCCAACUAUGUGAAAGAGACAUUCUACGAUACUCUGAUUGACGGUGUGAAGAGUGACAGUGGCGAGACAGUGAGCAGGGCGCCGGCGGCGGAGAAUGGGCCGUCGCUGCGCAGCAAGCGCGAGACGUGCAAGCGGAUCAACUACACGGAGCCGAAGGAUGAGGAGUGCCUGGUGGAGAGGCGCAAAGGGAAGCCGCUGUACAAGGUGAUUGACAAGAGCAUGUCGUACACGAAGCAGCACCUGCACACGGGCCGCGACCGCUUCCCGGGGCGGCCGAAGCCCAAGGUGUUGUCGAAUCUCGUGGCGAAGAUCAGGAAGCGGCGCAAGACGGAGCUGAGCGUGCUAAGCGACGAGGCGGACAACUUCAUGUUUCCGCGCACGACGCGCGAAGCGCCGGUGGAGGAGUUGGACAGCAAAAUUGAAAUGCUGAAUCACGAGAUGGGCGCGCCGCCCAACGGCGCACGGCCUAACAGGCGAAAGAGGAACCACGUGAACGACGCGGAGGCGGCGCCGAAGCCUGUCGUGCCGGAGAUCCCCAAUCUAACGCGGAUCAUACACAAGGAGGCAGUGACGCGGCACAAGUUCGCCUUCGAGCGCGUGCCGACGACUGAGCCGUGGUACGAUGCAUUCCUGAGGCAGGACGAGGGGCGGGAGAAGGUGUUCGAGUACUACGGCAGCACGGCGUAUCGGAAACUGCCGUUCGAGAUGGGUCCGCUGCCGCCACUGCCGGCCAAUUGUUGCGGCCUAUCGGCGGGCGGCUCGAAGACGGCGCCCACGACGGCGGCGGAGGCCAAGGAGGAGGCGAAGAAGAAGGCAGAGGUGCUGGCGAAGGUGAGCAAGAGGCGGCGGCAGAUGCUGGACGUGGAGUAUCCGCGCAAGAGUCCGCGCGAGCACGCGUCCACGCUGGCCAUCCUCAGCUGUUUGGUGCAGCAGCGCAAGAAGGAGGAGAGCGCCAGUGAGUCUGAGAAGAAUGGGAGUGGCGACGAGGAGAGGAGAACAAAGACUGCCUCGCCAAAGAGGGUAUCGCGGGACUAUAUCAAUGUGGCCCAGCUGAAUCGCGAGAUUGAGGAGUUGCUCAGCGAUCCGGCGAACGAGAGCUUCGAGAGUGUGGACGUGAGUGUGCUGGCGAACGACAGCAUGUUCGUGCCUCUCAACACACGCCCGGACUUUGUCAGUCUGCUGGUGGAGGAGGAGAAGACGCGCCCGGCGGAGGAAACCUCACCGGCGUCGGUGAUGGCGGUGGCGUCGGCGGGGGGCGAGAUGAAGGGACCGAAGAAGAGGAAGAACAAUCGGACGGGCUGGCCAAAGAAGAAGAGCCGCGGCGUGCGCAAAAGCACGAACAGUGACACGGUGGUGAAUGUGAAGAGUGAGGACUUGUGCGUGGGCGCCAGCGCCGUGGACGCCACGUCGCCGGCCAGUGAGAUCUUCACGGUGUCGUCGUCGGCGGAGAGUGUGCAGAGUGAGGCUGACGCGAAGGCGGUGGCGAAGGAUUCCGACACAUUGAGCAUCAGUGCCAAGAGUUGCUUCAUCAGCGACGAUCCGGAGGAGGUGAACGGCACCACGUCGCCCAGCGACGCGGCCAAGGAGGAGGAGGACGAGCGGCGCAACCGGCGGAAGGCCUUCUAUCAGCCCGUGAUUGCGCUCAAUCGCCUAGAGACGCAGCUGGUGUACAAUUCCUACAGUCUGAGAUCCACCGCGGCGCCCAAGGAGGCCAAGUGCUCAGCAAAGCGGCGCAUCAAGCGGAGCUCGAGGCGCACGAAGAAGGGCACGUGCAGAUAGACUGGCCUAUAUAUUAUGCAGAACAGGUAAGAGCUGCUGGAGUCUCUCUCAAUCAACCAAGUAAACUUGUGUAAAGAGUAUUCGUUAAGGGUAAGGAGGAGAAAUCAUAGCGUAUUCAGAAAGCCGAUUCUCUACUUAGGCGCAAGGCAGGAGGAAACAGGGAUGAGAGUAGUGUUGUAAUAUAUUUUAGGAGGAGCAGAGAGGAGGGGGAGGAGGAAAACCUGUCCAAAAAGAAACCGUGUAAAGUAAUUAAAUAAAAACUCAUGAAUUUCAA